GGUGAGGCUGGACGACAAACAUGUUUCCAAAAAACAGCGGAAGGCUCUUGACGCCCAACUGGUACAUAUCAGUCCCGAUGAGAAGAUAAUAACAUUUUAUCAUUCAAAGGCAAGCCCAGAAGGCUCUCGCGAAAAGCCGACGAUUAAAAUGCGCCAAUUCAUUCGCCGGGAGCACCUAGUCUUCUAUAGCCUUGCCGUUAGUGACGACCGAGAGUAUCACUUCAACCCACGUUGGAAGUACACUGAAAACCGACCCGCGCCUACACCUACACCCACAACUCUUCUGACUUCUUGUUUGAACGUUGUUUGCGAUGAUUGGGACAAGCUCCUCAACUGCUAUAAGCAACUGUUGUCCGACGCAAGCAAACAGAUCUUGAGUCAAAGCGAAUUGGAUUGUCAACUCUUCAUUCGGUCCUUGGUAUCCGUUGCCGAUAUAGCCACCAGGCUAGAGGUCGCGCAACGGGAGCAAUGGGGGAGCAUUGAGGCCAUGUGCAAAGACGGGAGUAUGCCGAAGUGGCAACGGCGCCUACACAACGAGGACACAACGGCAGAAGUACGAGAAGGGAACUCGAUCGAGCUGGGAAGCGACGACGCAACGCGGGUACGAAAAGCAGGCUCUACCGACUUGGAGAAAGCACAUGGACGUCUUAAAGGUCUCGCUGAGAUCAUAGACACCAAUUUAAGCAAGAGAGUUGAUGUCUUAAUUCAAAGGUCAUCCAAUAUCGUGUCCAUCGACGAGGCGUACAAAGCUAGGGAACAGAAUGCGAGCAUCAAAAGACUAUCAUGGAUUACAUUCAUCUUCUUACCAUUGCUAUUCGUAUCGAGCUUGUACGGGAUGAACGUCGAUUUGCUUGCAGACAACCCCCAAUGGACUACAUAUUUCUACAUUGCGGCACCGGUAUUCGCGGGCGUAAUGUUAGCGGUGGUUUUCCUAAAGAAUGUUCGGAAUUCAAAGCAACCAUCCACAUCGAGGUUCUUGAAGCCCAUGUCGAAACUUAUUACAACGGGAUUGAGGUUAGGAAGAAAGACACAGAUUCCUGACGAGGAAAACCAAAUACAACCUUCCUCAGCCGUGAACCACAGGUAUAGAGUACCAUUCGUUCACGCUAUCAGCUCACGCCACAGCGGAAUUGUUCGGGAUCUCUUAAGUACUAACGCUGUGGAUGUGAACUGGAACGACGGCAAAAUGACAGCAUUGCAAUAUGCAGCGAGCUAUGGCCACAGUGAUAAUGUGGAAAAACUUUUAGCAAUGGGCGUUGAUGUGAACGCAAGUCCACAAAAGGAGGGUGGAAGGACCACGCUUCAGGCAGCAUCGCAAGGAGGCCACCUUGGAGUGGUGGAUCGACUCUUGGAGGAGGGGGCCACUGUCAACGCAGAUCCAGCAAGUCGUUCCGGAAGAACCGCCCUACAAGCAGCAUCGGAAGGAGGCCACCUUGAAGUGGUGGAUCGACUCUUGGAGAAGGGGGCCGAUGUCAACGCAGAUCCAGCAGGUCAUUCCGGAAGAACCGCCCUCCAAGCAGCAUCGGAAGGAGGCCACCUUGGAGUGGUGGAUCGACUCUUGGAGAAGGGGGCCACUGUCAACGCAGAUCCAGCAGGUCAUCCCGGAAGAACCGCCCUACAAGCAGCAUCGGAAGGAGGCCACCUUGAAGUGGUGGAUCGACUCUUGGAGAAGGGGGCCGAUGUCAACGCAGCGCCAUCAGAUUGGCACGGAAGAACUGCCCUACAAGCAGCAUCGGAAGGAGGCCACCUUGAAGUGGUGGAUCGACUCUUGGAGAAGGGGGCCACUGUCAACGCAGAUCCAGCAGGUGAUUCCGGAAGAACCGCCCUACAAGCAGCAUCGGAAGGAGGCCACCUUGGAGUGGUGGAUCGACUCUUGGAGAAGGGGGCCGAUGUCAACGCAGAUCCAGCAUAUGAUUACGGAAGAACCGCCCUACAAGCAGCAUCGGAAGGAGGCCACCUUGAAGUGGUGGAUCGACUCUUGGAGAAGGGGGCCGAUGUCAACGCAGCGCCAGCAUAUUGGUACGGAAGAACCGCCCUACAAGCAGCAUCGGAAGGAGGCCACCUUGAAGUGGUGGAUCGACUCUUGGAGAAGGGGGCCACUGUCAACGCAGAUCCAGCAGGUCAUUCCGGAAGAACCGCCCUACAAGCAGCAUCGGAAGCAGGCCACCUUGGAGUGGUGGAUCGACUCUUGGAGAAGGGGGCCACUGUCAACGCAGCGCCAGUAUCUUAUUCCGGAAGAACCGCCCUCCAAGCAGCAUCGGAAGGAGGCCACCUUGGAGUGGUGGAUCGACUCUUGGAGAAGGGGGCCGAUGUCAACGCAGAUCCAGCACGUCAUUCCGGAAGAACCGCCCUCCAAGCAGCAUCGGAAGGAGGCCACCUUGGAGUGGUGGAUCGACUCUUGGAGAAGGGGGCCACUGUCAACGCAGAUCCAGCAGGUCAUCCCGGAAGAACCGCCCUACAAGCAGCAUCGGAAGGAGGCCACCUUGAAGUGGUGGAUCGACUCUUGGAGAAGGGGGCCGAUGUCAACGCAGCGCCAUCAGAUUGGCACGGAAGAACUGCCCUACAAGCAGCAUCGGAAGGAGGCCACCUUGAAGUGGUGGAUCGACUCUUGGAGAAGGGGGCCACUGUCAACGCAGAUCCAGCAGGUGAUUCCGGAAGAACCGCCCUACAAGCAGCAUCGGAAGGAGGCCACCUUGGAGUGGUGGAUCGACUCUUGGAGAAGGGGGCCGAUGUCAACGCAGAUCCAGCAUAUGAUUACGGAAGAACCGCCCUACAAGCAGCAUCGGAAGGAGGCCACCUUGAAGUGGUGGAUCGACUCUUGGAGAAGGGGGCCGAUGUCAACGCAGCGCCAGCAUAUUGGUACGGAAGAACCGCCCUACAAGCAGCAUCGGAAGGAGGCCACCUUGAAGUGGUGGAUCGACUCUUGGAGAAGGGGGCCACUGUCAACGCAGAUCCAGCAGGUCAUUCCGGAAGAACCGCCCUACAAGCAGCAUCGGAAGCAGGCCACCUUGGAGUGGUGGAUCGACUCUUGGAGGAGGGGGCCACUGUCAACGCAGCGCCAGUAUCUUAUUCCGGAAGAACCGCCCUCCAAGCAGCAUCGGAAGGAGGCCACCUUGAAGUGGUGGAUCGACUCUUGGAGAAGGGGGCCACUGUCAACGCAGCGCCAGUAUCUUAUUCCGGAAGAACCGCCCUCCAAGCAGCAUCGGAAGGAGGCCACCUUGGAGUGGUGGAUCGACUCUUGGAGAAGGGGGCCGAUGUCAACGCAGAUCCAGCAGGUCAUUCCGGAAGAACCGCCCUCCAAGCAGCAUCGGAAGGAGGCCACCUUGGAGUGGUGGAUCGACUCUUGGAGAAGGGGGCCACUGUCAACGCAGAUCCAGCAUUUGAUUCCGGAAGAACCGCCCUACAAGCAGCAUCGGAAGGAGGCCACCUUGGAGUGGUGGAUCGACUCUUGGAGAAGGGGGCCACUGUCAACGCAGAUCCAGCAUUUGAUUCCGGAAGAACCGCCCUACAAGCAGCAUCGGAAGGAGGCCACCUUGGAGUGGUGGAUCGACUCUUGGAGAAGGGGGCCGAUGUCAACGCAGCGCCAGCAUUUUAUUCCGGAAGAACCGCCCUACAAACAGCAUCGGAAGGAGGCCACCUUGGAGUGGUGGAUCGACUCUUGGAGAAGGGGGCCACUGUCAACGCAGAUCCAGCAGGUCAUUCCGGAAGAACCGCCCUCCAAGCAGCAUCGGAAGGAGGCCACCUUGGAGUGGUGGAUCGACUCUUGGCGAUGAGGGCCCGUGUCAACGCAGCACCGGCAGGAUGUAGAGGAAGAACAGCCCUACAAGCAGCAUCGGAAGGAGGCCACCUUGGAGUGGUGGAUCGACUCUUGGAGAAGGGGGCCGAUGUCAACGCAGAUCCAGCAGGUGAUUCCGGAAGAACCGCCCUACAAGCAGCAUCGCAAGGAGGCCACCUUGAAGUGGUGGAUCGACUCUUGGAGAAGGGGGCCGAUGUCAACGCAGCGCCAGCAUAUUGGUCCGGAAGAACCGCCCUACAAGCAGCAUCGGAAGGAGGCCACCUUGGAGUGGUGGAUCGACUCUUGGAGAAGGGGGCCGAUGUCAACGCAGAUCCAGCAGGUCAUUCCGGAAGAACCGCCCUCCAAGCAGCAUCGGAAGGAGGCCACCUUAGAGUUGGGGAACGGCUACGUGCAGCAGGCGCAACUGAAUAAGAUUAUGCAUGUUUCAGAUCGGUUUACGACCGGUUAGCGAGAUAGAGCGGGUGUUGGUAUUCAGGAUCAUCGUGUCCCGUCGAUGGAUGACGUACGACGAUACAUUUGUUUUUUUUUUGUACA